AUGGGUGAUGUUGAGAAAGGCAAGAAGAUUUUUGUUCAGAAGUGUGUCCAGUGCCACACCGUGGAAAAUACAGGCAAGCAUAAGACUGGACCAAAUCUCCACACUCUGUUUGGGAGGAAGACAAGUAAGGUCUCAGGAUUAUUGUGCACAGAUGCCAAUGAGAACAAAGGCAUCACCUGGGGAGAGGAUACCCUGAUGGAGUAUUUGGAGAAUCCCCCAAAAUACAUCCAUGGAACAAAAAUUAUCUUCGCUGGAAUUAAGAAGGGAGAGAGGGUGAGCCUGAUAGCUUAUCUUAAAAAGAUUACUAAUGAGUAA